AUGAACAUCUCAGCUACCGUUCUCGACCCGGAUAAGGGUGACAGCUUGUCAUUUAUAGGCCAGGGUCUCCUUAGCAUUGGCCAAGUGCCCGAACUUCACCGCUUGACAGGCCUUCGGAGGCUGUGCCUCCAUGGCAAUAACAUAACGCGCAUCGAUGGUGUACAGGGUCUAACAAACCUGGUGGAACUGAACCUUUCGUCUAACGCUGUCAGCAGCUUAGACCCUGGGUCGCUGCGCUGCCUCACCCGCCUGACGUUGCUCAACCUGGCAAGCAACCGCCUCCAGGCCGUGCAGGGCUUGGACGGGCUCGCUAAUCUCGAGCAGCUGAACCUCUCCUACAACUACAUCACUAGUAUCGCCGGGUUGACAGCGCUGCAGGGCCCGCAGUGCAAACUGCGACAGCUCAACCUGAAGCACAACCAGCUACACAACCUGCAGGCGUUCUCAGUUCUAGUAGGAUGUAUUAGCUUGCGCUCGCUCCAGGUAGUGGGAAACCCGGUAUGCCAGCUGCCCAACUACAUGCAGGCGCUGGCUACGGUGCUCGCGCACGUGACGCAAUUAGACUCCGUCAGCAGUGCCGAUGCGCUCGCCGCCCCAUACGACGUGCAGGCAGCCCAGCAGUAUGCUGCCGUUCGGCUGCAGAGCUUUGAGCCUGUCCCACCGGUGCAGCCAGCACCGGCACCUUCCGCACCGCCCCCUCUGGUGCAGGUUCAACAGCGGACCCGGCCGACAGCGCAUCCCACCCAGUCUCCCGACUGGCAGGCAAAGCCACCGGUUGACACAGUAGGCAGAUACGACAAUAGUUUGCAGCAACUCCGGCCGGGGACGCAGCAAUAUCAACAACAGCCCGCAAGUCCGCCUCGGGUUGGCCCAUAUUCUCAGACACAUCCGCCGGGGCCAACGACAGCGCCACAGAACCUCCAAUUCGCACUGUCGGUGGAGCGUAGCAGCGUGGUGCCUGCGGCUACGUCAUCGCUCCUUCAGAUUCAUUCACGUGCUCCCGGGAAUCGGCAGCUGCGGCACCCAGGAGGCGUGGGAGGAGGCACUUCAGGCACGCUGUCGGAGGUCCAUGAGGAAGAACAGCUGCUGCAGCAGGGGGAUCGCGACGGAUCGAGGACAACAGUAGAUGUCUUGCCUGCGCCCGACCAGCUCCAGACGCUUGCUUCAGUUCGUCAGCAGUCAUCGCAGCCGCAGCAGCGUGUGGUGAAGGUUUUGCAUUCGGACGCAGCCGCGCAGACCUCGGAGUACACACCGCUGGUGCGCCGGCUGCAGGUGGAGGCUGUGGAGAUGCGCCAGCAGCUCAGCAAGCUGGCGGACGAGCUUGAGCGGCGAAACGCGGCGGAGGAGUCCCUGCGGGCGGCCAUGCAGGAAGCUAUUACGGCGGCCCAGGAGGAUGCACAUCGCAGGGUGGAGGACGGCUUCCGGGAAGCAUCGUUCGCGGUGUCAAAGGCGCUGCAGGAGCUUGAGUCGGCGCGUCAUGCCGCCGCCGAAUCACAGCAACGCAUUGCGGGGCACCUGCGCGGAGAGGAGGAGCAGCGGGUGCGCUGUGUCGGGCUGGAGAAGGACGUGGCCAGGCUCCGAGAGGAACUUCAACGCCUAAACCAGCAGUUGCUUGGUCAGCAACAAGCGGCCGCUGCCGCAUUGGACGACGAGCGUCGGAGAGCCGCAGCCGCCGAAGCAGCGGCGCGAGAGCAGCUGGCGACAGCGCAGGCAGCGGCAGCUGAUUUGCCCGUGCUCCGGGCCGCUAUGGCGGCGGCAGAGCAGAAGGUGGCUGGCCUGGAAGCGGCGCUGCAGCAGAGCAGCAGUGUUACGGUAUCCAUGACGGCCAAGAUAGCGCAAACAAUGGCGGACGCAAAUGCGCAGAUUGAUGUGCUCAAGGCUCGUCUCUCCACUGCGGAGCAGCAGCUAGCAGAGCACCAGCGCAAGGACGUGGAAGCACGCGCCGAGAUUAACACACUCACGGCCGCGCUGCAAGCGGCGCGCUUGCAGCAAGAAAAGGAUCUCGAGGCGGCGGCGCGGCAGCAUGAGGAAGCACUCCGAGCAGCAGUUGAGAAGGAGCGAGCCGCGGCUGAGGAACGGGGUAAAGGGGCGGCUGCGCUGCAGGCUCAGCAGGAACGGGCGGGGUUGCAAGAGCAGAUCGCAUUCCUCAAGGUGCAGCUGCAGUUUGCGCUCAAGGAGAGCGACAAGGAGCAGCAGGCCGCGCACCAGCUACUUCGGGCGGCUCAAACGGAGGUGUCUGAGCUGCGUGCGGCCCUGCAGGCUGCAGCGACCAAGCAACGGGAGGGUGAGGCGCUGGUAGCGGACUUGACGUCCGUGGUGCAGCAGCAGAAGGCCGCCAUCCAGUCGCUGCAGCGGGAGAAGGAAGCGCUGGCGGCCAGGUUGAAGGCGUGCAGCCCCGGCGCUUUCGAUGCACUGGCAGCGGAGAAUCUCCAUCUAAAGAGGGCCGCUGCGGAGCGGGACAUGUACCGGGAGCAGUUGGAAGACGCACGGCGGUGUUGGCAGGAGGCGGAGCGCCGUGUCACCGAGCUGCAGGUGAGCUCCUCUCGCACGGCGGACGAGCUGGGUGCGCGGGUCAGGUCGGCGGAGGCUGCCCUGGCUGCAGCACGCGAGGAUAUCGCAAAGGCUGAGGCCCUUGCCGAGAGGUUACGGCAGGAGGUGGCGGCGCAGCAGGACAUCGUCAAGAUCAAGGUGGCCAUGCUGGACAGUGCAAACGACACCAUCGCGUCGUUGAAGGCAGAAAUCGCUGACCUGCAGGUAGAGGCAGAUGAGGCUCGGCGGGCAGCAGAAGAAGCGGAAGCAGCAUUGGCACGGGAGCAGCAACAGCACGAGCACGACGACGAGGAAAGCGACGGCGAGAAGGCGCAGCUCAGGCAGGAGGCCCAACUAGCAGAGGCUGCUGCUGCAGCUGCUCGAGCAGAGUUAGGAGAAGCUCAAUCUCGCCUGAAAGAUUUCGAGGCGCUGCUGCGUACCAAGACAGAGCAAGUGGCGGAGAAGGAUCGUAUGCUCGCCUACGUGCAGGAAGAGGUGGACAGAGUUCAAGUUCUCUUCGAGAAGCGUGCACAGCAGCUUCGGGACGAACGCGACACUGCCCGUUCCGAUGCCACAGCAGCGGCGGCAGCCCGCGCGACUGCAGAGUCACGGCUAGGGGAAGCAAGUGGCCGCAUAGACCGCCUGAUGAAGGAGCUAGACAAUGCGCGUGCACAGCUGGAGGAUGCAGCCAUGCAGCUGGAGGAUCAACGCCACGCGGCUGCAGCGGCCAGUGAGGCGGCGGCGGCACGUGGCGCGGAGGCGGCACGGCUGAGUGCACGGGUGGCGGAGGUGGAGGGUGAGAUGCGGCAGUUGCUGGAGGCCGUGGAGCGGCAGAAGGCCAGUAGCGCGCACAAGAUGCGGCAGCUAGCUUCGCUCCUUCAGGAGCUGUGA